GUACCAUAGCUCAGGACCACAGCUGGGAUCCAAGGAUCCAAAAGUCCCUUUCUCCACUGGCAUUCUCUACUGAAGAGAAAAUUGGUUCUUUGUCCAACUUCAAGCUGUGUCUGAUCAGAAGGAGCUGGAGUGGGCGUCUCUGAGAAGCCAAGAAGGAACCUCACUUCUGUAAAUGCUAGGAGCCAAAUCAGGGUAAAUCAACAUGAAUGCCGUCAGCCAAGCCUCCCCAGAGGCAGUACUGCCUAAGCACAUUCUGGACAUCUGGGUCAUCGUCCUCAUUAUCCUGGCCACCAUCGUGAUCAUGACUUCCUUGGUGCUGUGCCCGGCCACGGCUGUCAUCAUUUAUCGAAUUCGGACUCAUCCCAUACUCAAUCAGGCCUUUUGAAGCUGGUGGAUGCUGGGGAUGGGUGGGAUCCUAGACUGGACUUUUGAUGCCUGAAAAUGGCCCAGAAAACUUCCCCUCUGAUGAGUUAAUGAGAGCCUUUUCAUUAUGGAAAAUGGUUUGAAGCUACUAAAUGGAACUAGAUCUUAUCUGUGAAAAUGCCUUUUAUGAGGCAUGUCUCCAUCAACACUAUCCACAGUAUUGGAGGAAGGCAGCUUUUCUGGCAGGGCUGGUCUCCUUCUGUCAAGCAGAUUAGGCCCAGUUUCAGGAUGUACAAGAUACAAGGUGGAGCCUCCCAGAGCUGAAACUUCUGGAAAUUGGAGAUGCUUCAAGAGCAGGGACAGGGAUGACCAAGCAGUUACUCUUCCUUCUUCUUCUUCCCUUUAAAAGUACAAAUUCCUCCAAUCACCAACAAAGCCCUCCCUGUUCUGGGAAGUCCCAUACCAAGUUUUCUAUCAUGUUAAAUUCCUGGUUGAAUGUUGUUCUUAGUUGGUUGUAAGUUAGCUAAAAUCCUAGCUCAUAGUUUUAAGUCCCUUUGCUUUUUAGGACAUUUAAAUUUGAAUAAAAUACUAUUUAUAGUAUUUUAAUAAAAUGCUAUAUAUUCAUGUUGCCCAAAGAAAUUAUUAUUAUUUGUCAAUAAACAUUUGUUAAGGACCUACUAGAGGUCAAGCAUUGUGCUAAGUAUUAGAGAUAUAUAAAGAAAGGCAAAAAAAAUAAAAUAGGGGUCCCAGCUCUCAGAGAGCUCAUAGAUCUCAGGCUCUGUGACAGUUCCUUGGGAUAUAUUUGGGGAGAGGGCUAUUCCAGAGGUCUGGUCCUGCUCAACAAUCAAGAGCAUAUGUCUUAAACCAUUGUGAUGGUAUCUUAAGCUGGAAGAAGAUAAAAAAUUUGGAUCAGAGAAGCUUGAAUAUAGCAUUUCCUAAAUUCUUGCUUCUGUUACCAUACAGAAUCUGAAAACCAGAGCUACUUAGGUAGAGAUUCUAUGAUCCUUCAGGCCACACAGAAAUCUGGUACCUCUCCAAAGAGAGCUACGGCUGGGCUUAGCAGGAUAUGCACUAUUGCCUUAUUCUAUAUCAGCCCAAGAUUAUAUAUCUAUCCUCUAGGGCUGUGUCCUAAUUUUUUUCUCCUUGGGAUCAGGUGUGUGAUUUCAUUGACUCUGACUUUGCUUGUGAGCUCUGUAGCCUUCGGCAUGAAAUUGACAUCCUUGGAGAGGUUAAGUGAUUUGUCUAAUAUCAACAGAAUUGGUCAAAUAAGUCUUAGUGGAGUGGUUCUUCCAUGUCACAUUUUAGAAUCAGUGUAAAAUGAGGACAAUUGUUAGAUACAUUUUAUGGCUUUAAGGUUAACAAAAGUCUUUUCUUGUAACAGAUCUUUGAGGGAAAGUACAAAUACUAUUCCUGUUUUAAAGCUGAGGUUCAAAGACCACAGAGACUGGAAGACUUUUGUUAAGUUUCUGACAUAUAUUGGCUAUAUGGUCAUAGGGAAGCCAUUUAACCUCUUGGUCUCCAGGAAACUCUUCAAGACUAAAAGUAUCACCUGUGUAUAUAUAUUUGUGUUUGAUUCAUUGGUUGCCCAAGUUUUCAAACCUAUUCUCCCUUCCAUACAGGCUCCAGAAUGUUUCUAGCCCCCUCUUUUCGUCCCUUAUCCAUCACAAGUCUCAUGACAACUUCCCCCCCCCCCCAGAUCUUAUCUCUGCUCAAGUGAGUGGACAUGUUACCCUUUCCAAAUAAGAGAUUUCGUUUUCAAGAGAAAGCUAGCCUACCUUGGUGACUUUCUCAUGGGGGCAUGUCAGACACUGUGUCAGGGACAGUAGGGGAAAUAUUCCUCAACAGAUGGGGUCUAUGUCAUCAAGCAAGUAUAUGAAAUUCCCAGAGCUCAGAAAAUUGUUUGGAAAGAUUACACAAAGAUCUAGUAGGAAAAGAAUGUUUUUUAUUUAGUGUUCUUGUUUUCCUGAAGGACUCUUAAUUGCCAUUAAAAAUAAGAGGAUCAAGUGCUGGCCCUGAAGUCAGGAGGACCUGAGUACAAAUCCAGCCUCAGACACUUUACACUCCCUAAGCUAUGUGAUCCUGGGCAAAUACUUAACCUCAGCCAAAAAUAAAUAAAUUAAUUAAUUAAUAGGAUCAGAAUAUCUAAGAUUUUUUUUUCUUUCAUCCAUAAAUAUCUUUGGAGCACCAAAAGCCCUGUGCUCAAUACUGGGAAUCCAAUAUAAAUAAGAUAUAGUAUCUACCUUCUAAAUGCUUACAAUGACUUUUCAACGUCUUUAGCACCUGACGGGUCUAACUGCUCUGCUUUGGAGAGUUUGGAGGUAUGAAUUCACAGGAAGGGGACAGUAACAAGCCUGUCUUUAGCCCUGUGCUCAAUACUGGGAAUCCAAUAUAAAUAAGAUAUAGUAUCUACCUUCUAAAUGCUUACAAUGACUUUUCAACGUCUUUAGCACCUGACAUGUCUAACUGCUCUGCUUUGGAGAGUUUGGAGGUAUGAAUUCACAGGAAGGGGACAGUAACAAGACAAAAACUUGGGAACAGUUAAGUUAAAUAGCCUAGGUAGGCUUUCCAGGGAAGGUAAAAAGUUUGAGGUACUUAAAGGAUGAAUAAGUUUUGCCCAGAGCAAGUGGUUAAACUUCCCAUCCAGUCUUUUGUUUCCUGAGGUGGUCUUAUACUUUCCAUGAUUCCUUAUAACUAGUACCAAUACAUACUUUCUUUGCUAAUGAUAGCUCAGAUGUCUCUUAGAAAACUUACUAUUUUCAUGUUAUGUUGCUGAAGAAAACAUGCAAACACAAAAACAAGAGAAAAUUAUAAAGCUGAAAGAGUAUAUUUUAAUCUAUGUCAAGAGUCUGUAAGUUCUCUGAAUUUUUCAUCAUUCAUCCCUUUGGAAUUGUCUUGAUUAGAAUAGCUAAAUCUUUCACAGUUAAUCAUCAUUACAAUAUUGCUAUUACCCUGUACAAUAAUCUCCUGGUUCUGCUCAUUUCAUUUUGUAUUAGUUCAUACUUAACAUAGUUUUUCUGAAAUUAUUCUGUUUGUCAUUUAAAAAAAAAUAAAGCUAUUUAUUUUCAAAAUA